CAGAAAUAUUGAAUUGGCUGAGUGAACCCCCAGAAGGAUUGAGAUUUAUUCCCAAAAAAGCAGAUGAGUGAACGGAAUCUAAUACUCCGAUGACUGUAUAAUUCAACGAUAUAUAUAAUAUGAAAUCCAACUAGAUCAUAUUAGUUUUGAUAUAAUAUAGAAACUAUAUGGUACAUAUUCGUAGCGACUUAAGAAUGUUAUGAGACAUGCCUAAUUUACCAACUCUAACCAUACAACGGACGCACUUACACGCAUUAAUGUUGAAUCGUAGUAUUUUCCUUUUGAUUCCAUUCAUGUUUAACAGUGAGAUUAAAAUAUAUACAAUCACAAGCAUAUACGUACGUAAACGCACACAUCACUGAUGCAAUUUGUAUACACUUUAUUGCAAGUGUGUAGUCUAACGUUUAAAUUAUUGUUAUUAUUAUUUUGCGUUGCGCUUACUCAUUUAAAUAUAUAAUUUACUGAAAAGCAUAGGUUGUUUAGCGCACAUUUUCUAUAAAUUAUUGUUAUUAUUAUUUUGCGUUGCGCACAUUUAAAUAUAUUAUUUUAGCGCACAUUUACUAACUAGAAAAUUAUUGAGCAUAACAUAUGUUCAUAAUUUGGGUAGUUAAGUUAAUUAUUAUUAUAGCCUUUGUGUAUUUUAGUAGAACUGAACUAUAUAUUAGUAUUUAAGCUACUCGUAUAUUAUGAUUUUGAAUCGAUAUUCAUGCAUUUUAAAGUAAGUAUUUUACAACGUACAAUAUGAAUCGAAUCAAAUAAAUAAAUAACAAAAUUUAGAUGAGAAUGGACCCUACAAGUGUCAAUAAAUAACGACCCCUUGUGAGGGUUAAGGCCACAACACCAGCUUUUUCUAAGUCUUGAAAGCAUUACUUUACUAAACCUAGCUCUAUCUCUCUUCAUAGUGUCGACAUGGCUUGCGAAAACAACCUCGUUGUGAAGCAAAUCAUCGAUUUAUAUAGCCAAAUCUCGAACCUCGAGAGUCUAAAACCAUCCAAGAAUGUCGACACUUUGUUCGGACAACUCGUCUCCACGUGCCUGCCAACGGACACAGAUAUCGAUGUCACAAAAAUACACGAUGAAAAAGUCAAAGACAUGAGAUCUCAUCUCAUCAAGCUUUGUGGUGAAGCCGAAGGAUACUUGGAGCAACACUUCUCCACAAUCAUAGGCUCUUUUGAAGACAACCCACUCAACCAUUUACACAUCUUUCCUUAUUACAACAACUACCUUAAACUAAGCAAACUCGAAUUCGAUCUCCUAGCUGAACACACAAGCCAUGUCCCUACCAAAAUCGCUUUCAUCGGUUCGGGUCCGAUGCCACUUACAUCCAUCGUCUUGGCCAAGUUUCACCUUCCCAACACAACGAUCCACAACUUCGACAUCGACUCAGAAGCUAACACACUAGCUUCAAACCUCGUGUCUCGCGAUCCGGACCUCUCGGAACGCAUGAUCUUCCACACGACUGAUGUGUUAAACGCAAAGGAAGGGUUAGACCAGUACGAUGUCGUUUUCUUGGCGGCUCUUGUUGGGAUGGAUAAAGAGUCAAAAGUCAAAGCUAUUGAGCAUUUGGAGAAGCAUAUGGCUCCUGGAGCUGUGCUGAUGCUAAGGAGUGCUCAUGGUCUUAGAGCUUUCUUGUAUCCAAUCGUUGACUCUUGUGAUCUUAAAGGGUUUGAAGUGUUGACCAUUUAUCAUCCGUCGGAUGAUGUGGUUAACUCGGUGGUGAUCGCACGUAAGCUCGGUGGUUUGGGUGAAGUUCGUAGCAGCCAGAUCGAAAGGUGUGUGGUUAUGCCUUGUAAUUGCUCCAAGAUACAUGCCAUCAUGAACAGUCGUGGUAUUAAGAAGACUAUGAUCGAGGAGUUUACUGCCAUUGAGUAAAUACAAAAACACAACUCUCUCUAUAGAGGUAUGUAUUUAUGUUUUGCUCUUUUCAAUUUUUGUAUAUCUGUUUGUGAUGUAAGGGAUAUGUUUGUUAAGCAUAAUAAUUUUGUGAGUUCUUUGGUCGUCAUCGGCGUGAAGUCACAGAAACCUGGUUGUAUGUACUUUUAAUUAUUUGGAUCAAUAAAACAUAACUUUGAAAAUCCCUAUUCAUA